CUUUUUUUUAGUUUGUUGUUUCUCUCGGUUCAUACCGACAUGAAGUCGAUUCACAGUUAGCGUUACAGCAACAUAAUCUGACUAUUGUUCAGGUUUAAACUCGGGAAUACAUUUUUUGAGAUUAACCGACUCAAAGUCAUGGUGGAAAUAGGUUUUUCCUGCUACCGUCUUCUUCUUCUUCUACUUGUUUCUCCCGGUUUCGGCUUCAACCUGGACGAGGAAGCGCCGUCGGUUUUCUCUGGACCGGACGGAAGUUUCUUUGGGUUCUCCGUGGACUUCUUUAAAUCCACUGGCAGUUUACGGUCAGAUGUCCUGGUCGGAGCGCCUCGGGCCAACACCUCCGGUGUCAGCGCAGUGGUGGAGCGAGGAGCCGUGUACAGCUGCCCCUGGACCAACUCCGCUUCCUGUCAGCAGUUACAGUUUGACAACACAGACGACAGAACUAGUAAUGGAGCACAGAUGGAGUUUAAAUCAAAGCAGUGGUUUGGAGCUUCUGUCCGCUCUGAUGGAGAACACAUCUUGGCCUGCGCUCCUCUCUAUCAGUGGUCCACAUAUGGAGGGACAGAAAGAGAACCUGUUGGAACUUGUUUUCUAAAGAAAGGAGGAACAGUGGUGGAGUACUCGCCCUGCAGAUCCAGUGCCAACACUCCAGAGGGACAGGGCUUCUGUCAGGCUGGUUUUAGUGCUGACUUCUUGAAGAAAAACAAACGAGUCGUGGUGGGAGGACCUGGAAGCUUCUACUGGCAGGGUCAGCUGAUCUCCGAUGACAUCUCGGAGAUUUUCGCUCGUUUUAAAAGAGACUUUGUGACUCCGUACGGAAACUCUCUGUUCACCAAGUCUGCAGGAGCUCUGUACGACGACAGUUACCUGGGAUAUUCUGUGACUGUGGGAGACUUUAAUAAUGAUGGGACAGAAGAUUACGUCACUGGAGUUCCUCGAGGAGAUAAAGCUCUGGGUUACGUGAACAUCUUCAACGGCCUCAACAUGGAGUCAAUGGUUAAUUUCACAGGAACUCAGAUGGCGGCGUACUUUGGACACUCAGUGGCUGCUGUGGACGUCAAUGACGACGGUUUGAUGGAUCUCCUGGUAGGAGCUCCACUUUUCAUGGACCGAGGUUCAGAUGGGAAACUGAAGGAGGUGGGACAGGUCAGUGUGUUCCUGGGUUCUGGUGGAUUCUCCUUCCAUCCUCCUCAGACUUUAACUGGAUCAGAAGUUUAUGCCAGAUAUGGAUCAGCCAUCAGUUCACUGGGAGAUCUGAAUAUGGAUGGAUACAACGAUGUGGCCAUCUCUGCCCCCUAUGGAGGCUCUGCUCAUAACGGUCUGGUUUAUAUCCACAACGGUGGACCCAAGGGUCCUGACCCCAACCCCUCACAGAUGUUGCAGGGGAAAUGGGCGUCCAGUACAAUGCCACCUAGUUUUGGAUAUUCAAUGAAUGGAAACAUCGACAUUGACCAGAACGGCUAUCCAGAUUUAAUAGUUGGGGUCUUUGGAGCAGACAAAGCGGUUUUAUUCAGAGCUCGUCCUGUCAUCCGUGUCAACGCGACAUUGGACGUCUCACCACAGAUGAUCAAUCCAGAGGAAAAAAAGUGCCCACUUCCAGGAAGCAGCACAGCAGUUUCCUGUUUUAAGGUGAAAUACUGCCUGAAAGCCAGCGGUAGUGGAGCUCCAGCUAAGCUCAAUUUCCGAGUGGAACUGACUCUGGAUCGACUGAAGCAGAAGGAAACGACAAAGCGCGUUCUUUUCCUUCACAGUCGAAGCUUCAGCUACGCCAAAAACAUGACAGUGAACAACGGACAAGGACCGGCCUGCGAGGAACAGGACGUCUUCCUCAGAGAUGACCGCGACUUCAGAGAUAAAAUCACUCCAAUAUCAGUGAUGAUGUUGUUCACUUUAGAUCAACAACAGGCUGCAGAUAAAACUGGUUUGAAACCCAUCUUGGACCCAUCUGCUCCCAACAACGUCACCAAACAGGCUCAUAUCCUUCUGGACUGUGGUGAGGAUAACGUUUGUAAACCUGAUCUCAGGUUGUCAGUGAAGAGUGAUCGCGAUCAGAUCUUCAUUGGCGACGACAACGCACUGACGCUGGAGGUGUCUGCUGAGAAUCAGGGAGAGGGCGCCUAUGAGGCUGAGCUCCACGUGUUUCCUCCCCCGCAGGCUGACUUCACCGGAGUGGUCCGCAGUAAGACUCUGUCUCGUCUCUCCUGCGCCUACAAGAAGGAGAACCAGACGAAGAUGGUGGUUUGUGACUUGGGGAACCCAAUGAAGGGUGGAACCAAACUGUUGGCAGAGCUGAGGUUCAGCGUUCACCAGCUGUCAGAGGAGGACACCUCAGUCAAGUUUGACCUCCAGAUUACAAGCUCAAACCAGUUUGACAACACCAGUCCUCGGGUUUCCAGUGUGACUAAUUUAGCUGUGAUGGCCAAGGUCUUCAUCAGAGGGUCCUCAUCUCCUAGUCAAGUUCUCCUCCCCAUCACCAACUGGAAACCUAAACAACCUCCUACUACUGAUGAUGACAUCGGACCUCCCAUAGUGCACGUCUAUGAGCUGCUGAACAGUGGCCCCAGCACCAUCAGUAAAGCCUCUCUGGACGUCCUGUGGCCACACAGGCUUAAGGACGACUUCCUGCUCUAUAUCACCAGCUUCAAGACGGAUGGACCGAUCAACUGCACCACCGACCAAGAGAUAAACCCACUCAAUGUUUCGACCCCGUUGACAUCACAGAAGAACACAAGCGUGGUCCCACCCAGAGAAAGAGAGACUGAAGGACGAAACAGGAACCACGUCCAGAAAAGAGACGUGGAAACCAGGGACAGUCAGAGUGACCAGCAGAUACUGGACUGUGCCACAGCUGAUUGUCUGAAGCUCCGCUGUCAAGUCGGCCGCCUGGAGAGAAAACAAAAUGCCAUUCUCUAUAUCUCUGCUAACUUGUAUGUUAGCACCUUCCUGAAGCCUGAACACCAGAACCGCUCCUUCGAGGUCCGAUCUUCAGCUUCCUUCAGUGUCAUUGAGAUGCCCUACAAGAACCUGGUGUCGGAGCUGCCUUCAAACAGUACCACAAUGAGUGUCUGGGUCAUGUGGGUCGCUGACGCUCCUCAGUCAGUUCCCAUCUGGGUGGUGAUUCUGGCAGUUCUCGCUGGGCUUUUGCUGCUGGCACUUCUUAUCUUCAUCAUGUACAAGCUGGGGUUCUUUAAGCGUGUGCGCCCCCCACAGGACGACUGUGCUGAGAAGGAACAGUUGCAGCCAGAGGAGAAUGGAAAUGCGGAUUCCUAGUGGUUAGUGACUGUCGGUGUAGGAACUAGGGUUUUGGUACAGAUACAGGAAGUGCUGCUGGGUUUAACCUUUGUGUUGUGUUUUAAAUUUUUUGGUUGUUUUUGUUAAAACAGAAACUCACAUUUUCUCACACUUUCACUCCAAUCUGAGACCAUUUCUUUCUGAAAAACGUGUCUUAACCUGAUUGAUAAACAAAGUUUUAGUUGUGUAUAAAAUAUUACAGCGCGUAGCCUUGUAGAUAAAUUGCACUAAUUAUAACAACAAAACAUUUCGAACAAUAAACACGGCCAGUGGCUGACUCUCACAAGUUUGUUUACAUGACAUGAAAGACGAGGAGUAAUCCCAGAGUUCGGACAUAUUUUGUGGUUGUUUGUGAGGUUGCAGAACCAAGGUUUAACAGUAGGGGCAGGUGCAAAAGAAAUGGAGGCCGACUGGACGGAGUAGGUUUCUUGAAGACGUUUCUCCUCUCUGUCACUGAAUGAGAGUUCUCUCUUGGAUGAGAGGGUGAAACGUCUCCAAGAAACCUCCAGUCGCCCUCCGUUUUACUAUUUUUUGGAUAAGACGACCUGGAUGACUAUGUCUUGGAGAAUAUUUUUGGUAGGUCAGCAGAAUUCUAACAGUUUUGUUCCUGUUGUGUGGACACAGUUAAUAUUUAUUUCUCAGACAACUUAAAAAAAACAAACAAGUAAAAAAAAGAAAAAUGUUACUAUAAAAAGUAAAAAAAAAAUUCUACCACCUCCCUCGUCAAGAAAUAAUAGUAUUAAUUCAGAUAAAAAGUUUUUUAAAUAUAAAUUUACCAUUGAUUUCAUGUUUUAUUUUUGUAUGAUUGAAUCCAUUUAAUUUCAACUGUGUGUGUGAUGACAACUGUUAUAGAUGUCAAAAAUAACUUACUCCAGCUCUAGUGCUUCUU